AUGAACAUCCAGCUCACUGCUCCCAUCAUGUCACGCUUUGACCUCUUCUUCAUCAUAGUAGACGAAUGUAACGAGGUGACUGACUAUGCCAUCGCUAGGCGUAUUGUGGACCUCCACAGUCACAAGACAGAGGCAGUGGAGCGUGUCUAUUCCCUCGAGGAGAUCCAACGCUACGUAUUGUUUGCUCGUCAGUUCAAGCCUCGUAUCAGCCCCACCUCUGGUGAGUACAUGGUGGAGCAGUACAAGAAGUUACGGCAGAGAGACUGCUCGGGCGUGGCUCGAUCGUCAUGGAGAAUCACCGUGAGACAGCUCGAGAGUUUGAUACGACUCGCGGAGGCCAUGGCUAGGAUCCACUGCUCUGAUGAGGUACAACCCAAGCAUGUGAAGGAAGGCUUUCGUUUGCUCAAUAAGUCCAUUAUUCGUGUGGAGACUCCUGACAUCAACUUUGACGAGGAUGAACAGAUCAUCAAUGGCAAUGAUGAGGACUGCAUGACCAAUGGUGAGAAUGGUGUCAAUGGCGAGAAUGGAGUGAACGGCCACACUCCAAUAGACCAAUCAGAUCCAUCCACCCAACCGCCGGUGAAAACCAAGAAGAUACGAGUUACGUAUGAGGAAUAUCGUAUCAUCUCCAACCUGCUCAUCCUGCACAUGCGUCAGAGCGAGGAGGCAGACAAAGAUUCUAGCGGAGUUCGUGAAGGUGACCUAGUGAACUGGUACCUGAAGGAGGUGGCUGAUGAUAUAGAGAAUGUGGAGGAGCUGACGGAGAAGAAGCUCCUCGUGGAGAAGGUCAUCGAGAGACUUGUGCAACAUGACCACAUUCUGUUGCCGUUGGUGAUGGGGGAGGAGUCAGACGAAGAUUCAUUCCUGGUGGUUCAUCCCAACUACGUCGUUGAGACAUGA